ACUAAUCUGUGCUAUUAGUUUGUCUAUGCACUGGCCCAACUGUUUAAUUGAUGUUGAUGCAAAAUUUCGUCCUUUUUCGCAAUUUGUGAAAAAGGAAUGUUAAAUGGAAAUUAUUUGCAAUGUCUAGUAUAUCUGGGUUAUAUUCUCCUCUACCCCAAUCAUUGAGCGACUCCGACUCUGAAAGAGAAUUUCAUAUGGAUUCUUUAUGUCCUAACAAUCAUUUCAAUGAAAAUGCAUCAGAUUCACAUAAAAUUCACUAUAAACAUGGGACCUAUGCAAAACAAUCUCAAGGAUCAUUACCUAAAUCUAAUAUAAUGGAAGCUAAAGUGAUCAAACCACAAAUGAGUACAAGUAGAAAAUUAGCCUUCAUAUUUUCUAUUGCACUCUGUUUUCUUCCAAUUAUCAUAUUUUUAUGGGUUCUUCCAUGUGAUGUUGAUACUUGCCCUGUAAAAGUCCUGAAUUGGGAAACUCAACAAGAGGAUGUUGAAAUGAAAGGAAAAAUAAACCUUUUUUUCGAAAGAUUCAAGAAGCACUUCAAUUUGGCUGUACAGUAUAAGGGAGAUUUAAAUUCUCAGGAAGUUCUGAAAAAUGGAGUGAUAUCAUUUUUAGGAAAUAAUGGUGGUGUGAAUUGGUAUUUCAGACAGCCUGUUAUUCCAGAUCAUUUAGAUUGCUCUCUGGUUGAUGUGGACUUGAAUGGUAUAAAAGACUGUUUGUUACUUGAUAAGAAAGGACUGAAAGCUGUUGAAGUUGUCUCAGGUCAAACAAUUUGGCAUGUUCAUAGUCAUGAAGAAAAAACAUCAAUUGAAAACCUUCAAUUUCCAGUUACUUUGAAAGAUUUAAAUCAUGAUCAAGUUGAUGAAUUAUUGAGUAUUUAUCAAGAAAAAUAUCUAUUGAUUAUAUGUGGUAGAACUGGUAAAGCUCUAUCAAAUAUAAUUGUGGAAGAAUGUAAUCAGGUUGAAAAGUUGCAAAAUAUAAAUGAUUAUUUAAGUUUUCAGUGCAUAAAAGAUACCAUUAUUUAUUUGCGUAUACAAAUUUCAGAGAUCAUAAGGAAAUUAUUCAAUAGCUCACAUGUUUUAAACUAUGAAAAAUUUAAUGUUUCUAAUACAGAAACUAAUUUUUUUACUUUGGAUCAAUAUAAGCUAAAUGUAGAAAAUUUUGGGACAUGUCCUGAUUGUCAUUCUUUUAUUAAAUUACUGAGCAAUCGAAAUAAAUUGGUAUAUUCAAAGUUAUUCAAUAAGUCUUAUACCAUAAAGCCUUCCAAAUUUAAAUUUGGAUCAUCUAAAAUGACCUCAUUUUCAAUGAAAAAACAUAUCAAGGGUUAUAUUGUUAAAGUAUGGGAAUGGCAUUAUAAAUUCAACCCUAAAUAUAAUUCAAAUGAUUUGUUUGCUUUUAGGAAAGAUGAUUCAAACAGUACCAAUUUUGGAAAUUAUAUAACAGAAAGAAUUAUAUUGAUAACAUUUAACAAAACAGAUUAUAAUGUUAUUGAAGCUAGUUCUACCAAUAUAACACAAUUAUGUUCUCAAACUGAAAAUUCUAUCAUGAAAUGCCAACCAGAUUUAAAAAAUCAAGAAUAUUCAAUUUUAAUAGCUGAUCUGGAUAGGGAUGGUUCUCAGGAAUUGAUUUAUUAUUCUAGUUCUUUUUAUUUGAGGGAAAAUUACAAAGUUUAUGCUAAUCCUUGGCAACUGAUAUCUACUAUCAAACUUCUUAAGCUUGAAUCUGAAUUACCAAAGCUGUAUAAUAGUAAAGAGACAUUUGGAAUUGAUCCAAAUUAUUAAGUGAACUCAUUUGAUAUAUUGAUUUCCAAAUUAGUGUUGGAAUCAGAUAUUCCACUUCAAAUUAGUCUAUCUGUCUGAAUAUAUUCUUCUAUUGGUAUGUCAGUAUUUUGUCGAUAUGUUCCCACAUGUUACAUUAUUUUCAUAACAAAGUUAAUGUAUUUUUUUAUUAUGUUUGAAAUCACUAAUAUUUCAUUCAUUUUGUUUUUUAUUCUGUGAUAGUUUUCAGCUAGUCAUUUUUAUUAAUAUAAUAACUAUAUAUUCACAGCAACAUGUUGGGUUUUAACUAUAUUUUUAAUUGUGAAUUAUGUUAGAGAAAUACUUAAUGUUACCUAGGUUUCAUAACAAAGUUAUGGAUUUUAUUUAUUAAAAUUCAGGUCUUUAAUAUUAUUAAUUUUCAAAGGACUUCAGUUCAUUGUUUUUCAUUCUGUGAUAGUUUUCAGCUAGUCAUUUUUAUUAAUAUAAUAACUAUAUAUUCACAGCAACAUGUUGGGUUUUAACUAUAUUUUUAAUUGUGAAUUAUGUUAGAGAAAUACUUAAUGUUACCUAGGUUUCAUAACAAAGUUAUGGAUUUUAUUUAUUAAAAUUCAGGUCUUUAAUAUUAUUAAUUUUCAAAGGACUUCAGUUCAUUGUUUUUCAUUCUGUGAUAGUUUUCAGCUAGUCAUUUUUAUUAAUAUAAUAACUAUAUAUUCACAACAACAUGUUGGGUUUUAACUAUAUUUUUAAUUGUGAAUUAUGUUAGAGAAAUACUUAAUGUUACCUAGGUUUCAUAACAAAGUUAUGGAUUUUAUUUAUUAAAAUUCAGGUCUUUAAUAUUAUUAAUUUUCAAAGGACUUCAGUUCAUUGUUUUUCAUUCUGUGAUAGUUUUCAGCUAGUCAUUUUUAUUGUUAUUAUAACUAUAUCCAUUCUCAAUUGCAUAUUGUUUUUUGAUUAUAUACAAUCAGCCCUUUUCUAUAACUUCAAAUCGAAUAGAGAUAGUAUGGCUUGAAUAGAAAUGCACCGGAAUCAUUUCGAAUUGUAAUUCUGAAACUUAAGUGAAAUUACUAUGAAUAUCAAUUAUGAAUUACAUUUGGCAAUAGAAAAAGAAGUGGAUACAGAACAUCAAAUUUAAAUGUGAUAGAGGUGAAACAUUCUGAUUUCUCAGAUUACGAUUAUAUUCAUUUGUUUCUAAUCGAGUUGCAGAAUAUGGCUGAAUAUUGUGAAUUAAUUUGGGACAAUUAAGUUAUCAGAAUUUUUAAGAAAAAUUGGAAUCAAUCCAUUCUAAAGAAAUAUAUUUAUUGAUGUAUCAUUAAGAUUUGUAAUCCAUCCUCUAUCUGAAAAUAAUAUGUGAAUACCUAUGUUGAAAACAAAAAUUGUGAAAUAUAAGUUAAAAACCUA